AUGGCUGAAUUUGAAGAGCGACUGAAGGCUGCUUCCACUCCCACUAACCUAACUCUCAUACAGCUACGUGAUGAAUUCUACAAUUUCAAAGAGAUAGUAAGCUCUAUGCUCAGCCUUAUGCAACAGCAGAUCCUGGACUGCGUAAAAGGUAUAGAUUCAAUAGAUAUGCACAAACGUAGAAAGGCUCUGCUUUUUAACGGGAUGGCAGAGGAGUCACAAGAAGAUUUAUCACAAAAAGUGUUGCUGUUAUUGCAUGAGAAGAUGCAACUCUCAGAGUUCACAGGAAGAGCUAGAUGCUCUCAUGGUCAAGUUCCCAGCAAUAUCCACAUCCACUACUGCUACCAAGGCUCCCUGUGCCAC